UUCAACCAAUCACUGCGCAAGAAGGGAGUCACGUGUGGCUUUGCUUAGUGCAGCUGUGUCUCAGUCGAAAAGACGACGUGAAAACUAUGGGCCGUCUGGAUGGGAAAGUGAUUGUAUUGUCUGCUGCCGCACAGGGGAUUGGACGCGCUGCAGCAAUAGCAUUUGCAAAGGAGGGAGCUCGUGUCACAGCCACGGACAUAAAUGGAGAGAAGCUGAAGGAGCUGGACGCCUUUGAAGGAAUCAGGACUAAAGUGGUGGAUGUGACUAAGAAGGACCAAGUGGAAGCUCUGGCAAAGGACCAUGAUCACAUUGAUGUGCUGUUCAACGUUGCAGGGUUCGUGCACCACGGCACCAUCCUGGACUGUGAAGAAGCAGACUGGGACUUCACCAUGAAUGUGAACGUGCGAAGCAUGUAUCUCAUGUGCAAAGCUUUCCUGCCUAAGAUGUUGGAAAAAAAGUCUGGAAACAUUAUUAACAUGGCUUCUGUUGCUUCAAGCAUAAAAGGUGUUGUGAACCGCUGCGUCUACAGUACCUCCAAAGCUGCUGUCAUUGGCCUCACCAAAUCCAUAGCUGCUGAUUUUAUUGAGCAAGGCAUUCGCUGCAGUUGUGUUUGUCCUGGAACUGUUGAUACACCGUCCUUGAGGGAUAGGAUCCAGGCCCAGCCUGACCCAGAACAAGCUUACAAGAACUUUAUGGCUCGACAGAAGACCGGAAGAAUGUGCACAGCUGAAGAGGUGGCUCACCUCUGUGUAUACCUGGCAUCAGAUGAGUCAGCCUAUGUCACUGGAACAGAACACAUCAUUGAUGGAGGAUGGAGACUGUGAAGAACCGGUGACAUUCUCAGUAUCAGUAAACUGAGAAAAGUUUUAGAUCAAAAUAAAGCUUAGAUAAUUGUUUAUUUUUGCCCUGAAUGUUUGUUAUCUCUGCUAAACUAGCAUUUCAAAUUAAACAUGUCAGAAGAUUACAAGUGCACUGUGCCAUGCAAAAGUAGUCAGGCCCCUUGAACUUUUUCCUUUUGGACACUUCAAAAUCACAAUCUCCCUCCGCCUUAUUUUAUGUGGUAGUUCAACACAAAGUUGAAAGUUUUCAGACUUUUUUUAUUUUUUUUUUUUACAAAGAAAAAUCUCAAAAUGUGCAACAUAAAUUUAUACUCUGCUCCCCCCAGCCAGUACUUGACUUGAAAGAUGAAGCCACCUUUUGCUAAAAACUUUUUGGAAUUUGUCUGUAUCGGCUUUGCACAUCUGGAGUCUGCAAUUUUUGCCCAUGUUUUUUUUUUUUUUUUUUUACCAAACCAGCUUAAGCUCACUCUAAUUUAAUGGAGAACAUCUCUAAAAGUAAAUUGUUCCAGUAUCCCAGUUGGACUAUGCAUGAACCUAGACUAGGUCAUUUUAAAACAUGCACAUAUUUUGAUCUAAAGCAUACUUUUGUAGCUCUAGCUGUUCAACUCCAUCCAACACAUGUUAACUGUGGGUGUCAAUUUUCCUCCUUGCAGUAUUUUGCAUGUAAGAUAAAAUGUUAAAAUUGUGUCUCAAGUGAAAAAGGAACCUUCAGACUUUGCUUUAAAUGGGGCUUUAUCCAUUUAAAGAGUGUUUCAGAAAGGCUAGAUUUGUGAAGGGCACAACUAAUGAGCUGUGGAUCUCUGCGGCAUCUCCAGAGUUACCAUGGGCUUUUUAGCUGCUUCCAUAAUUAAUUAUUUUCUUGCCCAGCAUCAGUUUCGGCAAACUGCCAUGUCUUUGUAGAUCUUCUGUUAUAAACAGUUAAAUUUAAUAAUAACUGCAAACAUUGUUUCCAGUUUUGGGUGAUGAUGUCAAAACUUAAAAUUUUCUAAGUUUGGUAUAUUGUUCUGUAAACUAAGCCUGCUUUUUAGCCUACUUGUCCCCAACUUGGACUGACCUUUCUGCUGUGCUUCGUGGUCUUUGUAAUGAUCACUUCAACAGAAAAGAUUUAUACCUAGAUUAUUUGUGUACUGGUACCAUCACGUUUUAUUUAGGUGUAUCAAAGUAAAGGAACACACACAUGUGUGUGUGUUCCUUUACUAUUAAGACUUUUAUUUGUAAUUUGUUGUCAGUCAAAAUUUUGCUGAGUGAUUAAAUGUUUCAAAAAAAUUACUAUUGUGGUAGUAAAGUCAUGUUGUCGUCGUUUAAAUAAACUUUAAAAUUCAUAAAGA